GUAGCUAAUCAUAAACACAUUUACAUGAGUUUCAAUUAUUCAUUUACUGAGUUUCAAUUGGUUAGCUAAUUCUUCUUACAUAUAACGACAAUAUAUAUAACAACACAUACUAGAGUUACCAUGAGUCAGAAAUGAUACAUCGAAAGACUAAGAGUGAGCAACCGCAAAUACGUAGAAGAUUGUCCACAGUAUAUUAUCCAAAUAUAUUCAAAACGAUAAUGCGUACGAUAUGCUUCAAACAAAUAUUGUAUACUGCUUUGAUACUUAACAUUGCUAUGGCUAUCGAAACAGAUGUGGACCACGGAAAUUGUGAAAACGCUACGUCUGAUGAACGUUUAUCAAUUGCAAUAAUAGAGCCAAUACAUUAUAAACUUUUUCUCAAAUUAAAUAUGGAAUCUGAAAAUUACGAUGGGGAAUCCGACAUCGUGAUCAAAAUUCACAAACCAGUCAAAAGAUUAAGUUUGCAUUGUUUUGGACCGUAUAUAUACACAUCAAGCAUAUCGUUAAAGUCGAUAACUGAAGCUUCAAACAAGAGUGUACAACAUACUCGUUAUGCAUCUUAUCGUGUUUGUACUAAAACACAGCGGUUCGACAUAUUAUAUGAUGAUUUAAUAUCUCCUGGAUUAUACGAGCUACAUAUACAUUUUUACGUUAGAUCCAAUAAGAAUGAAAACAUUAUCAGAUAUCAAUAUAUAAGAUAUACAGAAACUGAGGCAACUAAAAGGUGGUUUCUUGGAAUAUUGCCCACAUCAAAUCGUGCUCGAACAUUAUUUCCAUGUUGGGAUGUACCGGAAAUACACAUGUAUUAUGAGAUUAUUAUCGAGCAUCCUGAGCAGUACAAUGUUAUAUCGAAUAUGCCAGUAGAAAAGCUGAUAAACAAAUCAGAUGGUACCUCAUUAACGUAUUUCCUUAUUAGCAAACCUAUAGCUUCAAGUCAAGUGGCAAUCAUAAUGGUUGAUGACAUGACUCAUAGUUAUUUGGGCGAUGAUUUGUAUUGGUAUCAAAGGAAUAUAGUGAAAAAUGCGAACAUUACGUUGGAAAUUCGGAACACGAAAGAACUUUUCAAGAAUUACCUUGGUGUCCAUUAUGGAAUUAUGGAAAAUGAUCACAUCGUAUUUCCGAAAACGAAAGAUCUUUUCAAAAAUUACAUCCGUGUCCAUUAUGGAAUUAUGGAAACUGAUCACAUCGUAAUUCCGAAUUUUCCAUCGCAGAUUAUAGGAAGUUUAGGAGUUAUUAUAUACAGGGAAGAAAGCUUUAAGUAUGAUAAUGCUACAGAUUUUCCAGGUCGUAAAAUGUAUAUCAAUAAGAUAGUAGGCGAUUCAUUAGCGCGAGAAGUCCUCGCCCAAAUAAUGUGCUCUUCUUAUUUUUUGCUAAUUAAGAUACUUGCAUCCUUCUUAAGUUAUUUUGCCAUUUUCCAGUACGAACAUGACUCGUCGAUUAUAGACCUUUCCAUCGUUCAGACUAUGCAAGGUGCCUUGAACUAUGACGUCGAUUUCCAAAUGGCACCUGUGUUACAGAAGAAGUUCGUGCAUCCCAUUGAUGAAAUUCAUUAUUCUCGACCGUAUUAUAAUAAAGGAGCUGCUAUAAUGCGCAUGUUGUUUUAUUCUCUUGAAGCACCGGAAUAUGUCUACAAGGAAAGUAUUCGGAAAUGUGCGGAGGAAUGUGAGGUUACCUCAGACUCUAUUAGUGAUUUUUGGGCUAUUGUGCAAAGUUCCUUAACAAAUAAUGACAAAUUGCUCUACAACAUAACUGAAAUAAUGGAUACAUGGAUGACAAAAAGGCAUUUUCCUGAGUUGAAAGUCGAUUGUGAUUAUAAUGGGUUUGCAACACUUUCAGCAUAUAAUUUCAACGAAACGAAUUGGAAAAUACCUAUAACUUGUCUCAAGAUAUCAAAUUUUACUUUCAUGAAUGUUACAUCGAAAAUUUUAUUUUAUUGUAUCAAGCCUUAUGAUAUAUAUAUCAGUAAAUUGGAUAUUAAUGAUUUCAUAAUAGUUAAUAUGAAAUAUACUGGAUAUUAUCGCGUCAAUUACGAUUACCGAAACUGGGACAAAAUCUGUACUUACUUAAAUUUUCAUAAUUAUACCCAAAUUAAUGUUUUGAAUCGCGCUCAAUUAAUUGAUGAUGCGUAUUAUUUUGUGACAAAUAAUAAACUCCAAGUCUCUGUGUUCGUACGUCUGAUUAGAUACUUAAGAAGGGAAAGGCAUUAUGUAGCCUGGUACCCUAUGUUUAAUAUUUUAAUGUACAUGUCGAAGUACUUUGAAUUACCAGCAAGUGAACAAUUCAAGUCAUAUGUGUUAGAAAUUUUGGAUAGUCUUCUUGAGAAGAUUGGAUUCAUUGAAAACAUUGAGGAAGACAAUAUGAUCAAAUCUUUAAGGUUAUUAGGAUUAAAGUGGGCUUGUAAAUUCGGCCAUAAGUCAUGCAGGGAAACGGCCACUUUUGUACUGACUUAUCUCAACAAAUUUUCCUCUAUAAUUCGACCGUGGUGGAAGGAAUGGUUAUAUUGUGGUGGUUUGAUGGAAGCAAAUCUACAGGUUUGGCGUCAGUUUUUAGAUAAAAAUUCUGGCAACUAUACUCAAGAGCAUUUAACGUAUUUGGCAUGUACUGAAAAUGAACAUGCACUCCUUGCUUAUUUGGAAUUUUUAUGGAAAUUAAAAUAUGAGGAAUUAAGGAUAUCAAACCAUGACGGUAGAGAUCUAGAGAUGUCAUAUGAGAUUAUUAUGGCAGCAUAUCGUUCUUUUGUAAAGAAACAUGCAAGGAAGAAUGCUGUGCUGAUGCAUAUCUUAGAGAAUUAUGAUAACUUAACGUCAACUAUUUUGGGUAGUAUGUCUCCAAUCACAGUAUUGGGUGUCACCGUUAUGGAAUUAUAUUCCAAGGAUAAUUUUAAAGAGAUAAUAGAAUUUGUAACAUCAAGUCAAAAAUUCACAAAGGAGGAGAAACGUAAAAUUGCAUUUCUUGUUAAUCAACGGAAGACACAAUUAGAGAAAAUAUCCUACCAUUUCCGCUAUUUUGGAAGAACAGAGUAUUAAAUUUGUUAGAUGAUUAGAUAUUAGAGGCAAUAAAUAGAUUAAAGACGUAUUGAAGAAUAUGAAUAACAUUAAUGUAGUAAUCAUCAAUAUUAUAUAUUUGCAUCUAGUAUAAUAUCUGCAAUUAUAAAUAAUAUUAGAUCUAACUUAGUAAUAGAAGUUAUAUUUAAUAUAAUGAUAAAGAUAUUUGCUUUGAUGUUAUUAUAAUGACGCAAUAUUGUACCAUAAAUAGUAAAUAUUCUACCAUAAUAGUAGUAAAUCACUGCUUGAUGAUACACUUUGAUAGUGUAUAUUAUAAACCUACGUCUGUUUUCUAUUUGUAAAUGUGUAUCGUAUUAUUUUAUCUAUUAAAUAAAUAUGUGUUGUAUUAUUUUAUCUAUUAAAUAAAUAUUUUUAUUACGGUA